AUGAAAAGUAAAAAGAAAACAUCAAAGCAAGGUAAAGAUAAGGGAGAAGGCAAUGCAGUGAAAUAUAAUAGUCGAAUCAAUACAGAUGAAGUCGAGUUUCUUGACGACCGAUUAAAAGACAAUAGUUUCUUAGCAAAGAGAGGUGCAAUUGGUUCAUAUGGUGAAAAGGCUCAUAAAGAUCUUAUCAAAGUUCGCGGAAAAAAUUUUAGAGCACAAAAAACAAAAAAGAAAAAAGGAUCAUAUCGUGGUGGUAAAAUAGAUAAAGAAUCACAUUCCAUAAAAUUCAACUUUGACGAUUAA